GAAAGGCGCCUGCAAAAGCAAAAGCCAAGUUUUGCGGCAGAAGCAGUUGGCCACAAAGGCGCGUGCGCAGAGACGUCGUCCGCUGCUCUUUACUCCUAGUGUAAGCUACACGAAUGGCGGCGGCAGCUGGUGGUGGUGGUGCUGGACUCGCGGUUUCCACAGGAUUGGAGGCAGCAACGCUGCAGAAGCUGGCGCUUCGGCGGAAGAAGGUGCUGGGGGCCGAGGAGAUGGAGCUGUAUGAGCUAUCGCAGGCUGCAGGCGCCGCCAUAGACCCCGAUGUGUUCAAGAUUCUAGUGGACUUGCUGAAUCUGAACGUGGCUCCCCUCGCCGUCUUCCAGAUGCUGAAGUCCAUGUGUGCUGGACAGCGGCUGGCAAGCGAUCCCCAGGACUCGGUGUCCAUGUCUCUGUCCACGUCCACAUCAGAGACCCGAGGAAGAAACCGAGGUGGCCCCAUUCUUGGUAAUGUGACUAUAGUGGCAGAACGUGGAAGCCGUGAAAGACCCAUCCAGAGGAUGCCACGCCAGCCCAGUGCUACUAGGCUGCCCAAGGUGGGAGGACCUGGAAAAAGUAACUCCCGAAGCAGCCCAUAGGCUAGAACAGAGAUUGCACUUGAUACACACUCCUCAAGGCAGAUGGUGUCCAUCUCUUCAUUUCCUUAAACCCUUCUGAGAAGCUGAACAUCUGUAGCUGCUGUUUUUUUGAUACUAUUAAAAGACUUAGAUUUAGAGUGAAUUCUAUGUGGAGCCCUGGUUUUGCUACAGCCAAACUUGGACACAUAAGUGAUUUUUGUCUCUUUGAAUCUUAUUUGGAGUCUAAGAAAAUAUAUAUGAGUCUUCUUAUAAACAAGACAAUGUGCUUUUCAGAAUGUUAAAAGUUCCCAGAAGGCCCACCUUUCACAGUGUUGGUAGGUAGGGGUACCAGUAUGGUUGCCUGGUGAGUCCACACCCCAGUAUGGAUGGGCUGUUACCCUCUGGAUCAUACAUGUUGUGAAGACUUCAGUGACAUGCAUUUACCCCUCCCUGCCAAACCCAGUAUUAGGAAUUUAACAAUUAACAAUUAGCCCAGUAUUAGGAAUUUUGUGGCCAUUGCCCACACAGAUAUGUUUUAGAUUCUCUAUUCUUUUCUCUUUCUGUCUCUGUCUCUGUCUCUCUCUCUCUUUUUGUUUGUUUUUAAAUUGAUAAAGGUGCUUACUUUAUAACCCAUGCUGGCCUGCACCUCAAUAUCUCCUGUCAUCUGCCUCCUUAGUUCUGGGACUGAAGUUCAUGUCCAUGCCACUCUCACCAUGCCAGGCUGGACUCUUUUAUUUAUUUAUUUAUUUAUUUACUUAUUUAUUUUUUGUUUUAACUUUAGUUAGCAUGCCUCCUCAGUGUAGGAAUGAUCAAGCAUAUGCUUUAAGUGGGUCCAAGCCUCUGCCAUGAUUGUGAUGUUGCUGAGCCAGCCUCCUGCUCCUUGGCCUUGUCUCUCCAAGACCAUAUUUGGGAAAGGGCUAAUAGUUACUGCUCACCUGACUGAGAAGGAAGAAAGUACCCAUGGUGCUUGAAUUGAAAGAGCCAGAGUUGGGGUCAAUAUGAGGCUACUGGGAAAAUUCCACCACAAACUUCCGAGUAAAAAGACCCCUCCCUUCCAGGAGAAGUAGAAGUAGAUCUAGUUUAGUUCCUGAAACAGCUGCAAGUCAAACUGUUGAACAAAAUCACCUGUGACUCCCAACCAAAAGUCCUGAAUGGUAAAUUGGGUGGAUUUGGAAGUUGUUUCACUCCACCAAAUGCGCAUAGUACCCUGCCUAGUUACCACUGUGCAAAUCUGCCCCAAUGUUUGCAAGGUAUACUCUCCCUGUUAGAGUCUGCUCCCCUUGAAGUGGGAAGGCCCCAACACGUCAGAAUGAAUAAACUCCUUGCUUUUGCA